AUGCCCUCCACCACCGCCAUCAGUGACGACGACUACGACGAGAUAGCCAGCUACAUUCGUCAGGAGCGACCUAGAAGUUUAACAAAGGAAGAACGUCUUGACAUACUGCGACUUCAUGCCGAACUUCGCCGUGACGGUCAAAUGCAAGUGUCUUCUACCAUCGGCCGCCUGCUCGGUCGAAGCCAAAAGGAUGUCAUGGCGUUGUUGCUGGAAGCCAAGAUCAUUCACUACGAUGUCAAUUGCAAACCUGAGGCCGUCAACUGCCUUCGACGUGUCCAACAAUUCCUCGUGAAGCUCGGAUUCAAGCGGGGGAAGCGUCGGGGUCACGCUGCAUAUGCCAUGUCAAGUGCCCAUGCAACAGCUCGUGACGUGUAUGUUCAACACAUGAUGCAAUUGGCUCCUGCGACACCUGUGGUGUACUUAGAUGAGAGCUACAUUCAUCAUCACUACGCACGCCACCACGAUUCCCUAUACGACCCCACGGACAAUGGCCCCACCAAAGAAAUGCAUAAGGGUCGCCGGUUCUGUUUUAUUGCUGGUAUCAUGGCCGCUAGUCCCACUGAAUCCGUUGUCGUUGGCCUAGACCACUCCGCGUUCAUCCAGUCGACCACUACUAUAUCCUCCAUCAAGACCGCAGCGCAUGAAGCGGUCCUCGCACUUCUGCGAGGACCGCCGAUCUUGGCAGCCACGUUUAUCGAAGAAACGUGCAACUUGAACGACCUACCUCGGACGUCUUCCGAGACGCUUGCCCUGCCGGAGAUGAGCUUCCACUGGCUUGUGGAAUCUCUCCGCGCCCAUGAUAUCGCCACGAUGGCGAUGAUUACUGUCGAAGGAGAGAUGGAUCUCUUUUCGACCUCGACCGUGGAUGACUCGGUUCCCGCCGCUCCUUUGAAGUCCCAGACGUGGGGCUCCCUGCGUUCGAACCCUUACUACGACCUCUUCAAAGAGUUGAGGACGUCUUCCCCGACGAAGUGCCCCCCGACUACCUGCCGACAAGGGUUUCCAACAAGAGAUCGGCCUCUCGACGCCAUCGACGCCUUCUUCGCGGCCCGCAAGGUGGCGGGUCACGUCCGCGACAGCAUUUCCCCUCACAAUAGCCCGACCUUAUGUGUGAAGAAGCCAGGCGGGAAAUGA